AAAAUGCCCUAGUUGAGUACACCGAUUUACACCUCCCGUCCCGUUGUGUCUUCAACUCCUCCGUCUCUACUCUACCUUUCUAUUCUGUUCUCCACUUGACCGUAGACCCUUCAAAUCCAUUGAGUCAGGAGAGAAAUAUAAGUGGGUUUGAUAAAAUUGUUGGGUUUUCAGGAUCAUUCAGUGAAAUGGAAGCCCAAUUUUUCCGGUUUCUUAAGAUUGUGGGUGUGGGCUACAAAGCCAGAGCCGAAGCUCAGGGGCGGUUGCUGUAUCUGAAAUUGGGUUACAGUCAUGAAGUUGAAUUGACUGUGCCUCCUGCUGUUCGUGUCUUCUGCUUCAAGAACAAUGUCGUUUGCUGCACUGGGAUUGAUAAGGAGAGGGUGCACCAGUUUGCUGCCGCCGUUCGUAGUUGUAAGCCGCCGGAAGUUUACAAAGGCAAGGGAAUCAUGUACAUUGACGAGGUUAUAAAGAAGAAGCAAGGAAAGAAGUCCAAGUGAUUCAUUGUUUAUCUAUGCUUUGGACAUGAUCUUAAAUUAUUUUGCCGCGAAUUUAUGGAUUGGUGAUGCUUUUGUGUUCGACUUUUGAUCAAAAUGGAGGAUAGUUGAGGUUGUAUUUUGAUGGUAUACAGUGUAUUUUGAUUCCAGUUGGCACAGUUAAAAUGGUAUUGAUAUAUAAGAGUCAGAAUAUGAGGUACUAGUUGACUUUUGGAUGUCUGAGCAUUUUGUUUGUGUGACAAAGUGAGCCUGAUGACAUCUGAAUAUAAGCUUUUAGUAUAUCUAUUGAAAUGAGAAAACCCCGGCACUAUCAAUCUUCAUGUAACUCUUUGGCAUUGUUUUUUUUCUUUUUUGGAUGGACUUUUUGGCAUUGUUGUCCUUAGGUACUUUUCCAAUCUAGGAUAGGCCAAUAACUAUGCUGAGGGCCUAACUUAUCUUCGGAGAAGUAGCUUUUCAAGAAGUUGGACCAAUUGUAAGAAAAUGUAGGCCAGAUCAUUAAAAAAAGAAUGUUAUAUUUAGUAUGGCAAAUAUCUUCAGAAACUGUAGUAGUCUCUUUUAUUUUGUCAUCCUGCAGUUCAUUGUUCAUGGUACUCGGAGUUAGUUCAACAAAAGAGAUGAGAGUGAAUGGAGUAUUUGCCUUUGUGUUUGGUAUUUUUAUAAAGUGAGCUAUUGAAUUGCAUACAUGUUUUAAACA